CCCCCUUUUUUUUCUUUGUUGACAAGCCAACACCAUGUCGAACGAUGGCAAAGACAUUACUUAUACGGUCGACGGGUUGACCUGUCACCUAUUAGCAGGCGGCCAGGUGUGCGAAUAUAUCGUGCACUCAUCACAGAGUGCCUCCAGUGUCAUCGACCUCUGCAUCUGGGGUAUCUUGAUUUUUCUAUUUCAGAAACAUUUGUAUCUAUACGUUGGCUUGCUUUUGAUAGCUUGGAUUUUCAUAAAGAAAAAAUCGGUACGACAAGAAAGUAUUUUAGCCAUCAAAGACGUUGGUAUUCAAGUGCGUACCAUCUAUUGGGGCGGAUCAAGCGUCUCAAGGUUCAUUAGUAAGAAUAGAAUUGAGGAUAUCAUUAUCAAUGAAGGAAUCAGUUUUUGGCAAAUCAAAUCUUACAUGGCCAUCUUGGUGAACGAUGAAGAUAAAAUGAUUGUUGUUUUCGAGCAUUUAUUGCCUCGUUUACGACCUAUUUUAUUGGAAGCAUAUAAAGGAACACGUAAAAUCAUAUUUUCACAGUAAAGGCAACAGCAGCAGCAGCAGCAGCAGCAGCAGCA